AUGGGGUCGACCAAAGUGGAAAGAGUUGCAGCCGUCAAAGACCUGGGUAUCGUGCUCGACAACAAGCUAAAAUUUACGCAGCAUAUUGCAACGGUCACCGCUAAGGCUUUCACCGUUCUUGGGUUCAUUAGACGCCACACUCAGGCAUUUAGAGAUGUCUAUUGCCUCAAAUCAUUGUAUGUGUCGCUCGUACGCAGUAUAUUGGAAUACGGUGUUACUGUUUGGGCCCCAUACAACGCUGUUCACAUCGCUCGUCUGGAACGUGUGCAGAAAAGUUUUAUCCGAUAUGCUCUUCGUCAUCUCCCCUGGCGCAACGACCAACAUCUGACCACAUAUGAAAAACGCUGCGCACUGAUUCACUUACCGACUUUGCAAAAACGACGAGAAUUUCCCCAGAGACUGCUGAUUUUCGACCUUCUUAACAACAAUCUAACAAUCUUGACUGCGCUGAAGUUUUGGGCAAGCUUCGAAUCAACACUCCAGGUUACGGAAGAUCAACCGUCGACAACGAUUCCGAUUGGUAGUUGGAAUCUUCCUUCAGAUAUGACUUUGGCGGAUCCAGGUUUUCAUAAGCGAGCUCCGAUUGAUCUUCUUCUGGGUCUAGAGUAUUUCUAUGAAUUCUUGUUACUCAAUACUGGUCGGGUGCAAAUUCAGCGCGUGGGAGAAGGACUUCCACUUUUUGUCAACACCGUUUUUGGGUGGAUUGCAGCGGGCAAGGCGGAUUUGGGAAGCAUGAACCCAGUCCCUUGCUGCCACGCGGUGGUCCAUAAUACCACUCUGGAGGAAAAAAUUGAGCGAUUUUGGACAAUCGAAGAACUGCAAGAUGUGCCGAAGCUGACGCAAGAAGAACUUGACUGUGAAGAACACUUUCGAACCACUUUCUCUCGUGAUGCAACGGGACGAUACGUGGUGCGUCUGCCGAAGCGGAUGGGGUUCGAGCAGAUGAUCGGUGAAUCGAAAGAAACAGCGUUGCGGAGACUUAUGCAGCUCGAACGGCGGUUCAACAAAGACCCUGAGUUGCGUAGGCGGUACAACGAAGAGAUACGCGCCUAUCUAGAUCAGAACCACAUGAAGCUUGUUCCAGAACAAGAGCUGAAACGCGAUAAACGGAUCGCUUUCUACCUCCCUCAUCAUCCUGUCUUCAAGGAAUUGAGCUCCACCACGAAGAUUCGGCCCGUAUUUGAUGGCUCAUCCAAGACGUCAUCCAACUACUCGCUAAACGAUGGGCUAAUGACAGGUCCGGUAAUCCAGGACACCCUCUUUGAUCUGCUACUUCGCUUCCGCAAAUAUUUUGUGGCUCUCGUUGCUGACAUCGAAAAGAUAUUCUCGCCCUCGGAACCAAUUGCAACAUACGAGAUGUCUAGAGUCACUUUUGGUUUGGCUCCAUCAUCGUUCCUUGCUACGCGAUGUUUGCAGCAACUAGCACUCGACGAUGGUGAUCAACACCCAAGAGCAAAAGCGGCGCUCGUUAACGAUUUUUAUGUCGACGAUUUUAUCGGAGGAGCGAACUCCGAAGAAGAGGCUAUUUUGCUACGGCAUGAAUUGGAGCAGUUGCUGUCAAAGGGUGGCUUCAGACUGCGAAAAUGGGUGUCAAAUUUGGAAACUGUGUUGACAGGACUACCUCUUGGUGAACUGGGAACAUCAUCUACGCUAAAUUUUGAUCAGGAGCGCGUGAAAACGCUAGGAGUAAACUGGCAACCAGGGCCAGAUUUACUUAGCAUCGACGUAUCAGGUUUCGCUGUAAGCGGACAGUGGACUAGACGCAAGGUUUAUUCUGUCAUCGCACAAUUGUUCGAUCCCACCGGUAUCACAGCACCCGUAAUUACAUGGGCUAAGAUUCGGAUGCAGUUACUAUGGGUUGCCACUCAAGGAUGGGAUGAUUCAUUGUCACCAGACUUGGAGGAACAAUGGGCAGAUUUUUAUCAGCAGCUCCCGUUACUUUCCAACAUCAAGGUGGACCGAUAUGCGUUUACCGAUCAUCCGGCAUUGACACAGUUUCACGUAUUUUCGGAUGCGUCCGAAGCUGCCUACGGCGCGUGCAUCUACGCUCGUUCUAUCAGUCGGUUUGGGCGGAUCAAAGUAGAGUUGUUGGCAGCGAAAUCUCGCCCAGCAAGCCUGAAGAAAAUCACACUAGCAAGGUUAGAGCUAUGCGGUGCCCUCGUUGCGGCUAGACUUUACCGUAUGACUGUUCACGCCCUGAAAAUGGAGGAAAUUGAGGCUUGGUUCUGGUCUGAUUCAACCAUCGUUCUUUCGUGGCUGAAGCUGCCACCUUACGUGUGGCCUACAUUCGUCGCAAACCGGGUCUCACACAUCCAAGAGCUUACGAAGGGACACCGAUGGAACCACGUAAAGGGGACGGAGAAUCCUGCUGAUCUGGUGUCGCGAGGUGUUAUGCCAAAGGAUCUAGCAGAUUUGUCGCAUUGGUUCCAUGGUCCGCCGUGGUUGUCACUAUUCGACCAACAUUGGAACACCAGAGAACAUUUGAAAUACGAGAAGCCAUCGGAGGAAUCAUUGCAGAUGAAGAAAAGCGUCCUCGUGGUAGCAGACUCCUCCCAACCUCAUCCUUUUCUGGGUCACUUUUCGUGUUAUUGGAAGCUAUUGCGGAUUACAGCCUAUUGUAUGAGAUUCAUCCGGAAUUGUAAACGUCACAGCUCGUCCCCCACCAUCCCAAUUCUCAGCGUCAACGAUCUUAAAGAAGCCAAGUACGCACUGGUACGGUGUGUUCAGCUGGAGUCAUUCUCUGUGGAAAUCAAGGCACUCGCAAACCAUCGUAUUAUUCCAGCUCACUCGUCGUUAAAACUGCUCAACCCUUUCCUGGAUCAGCAGGGUAUACUUCGUGUAGGUGGCCGGCUCAAACUUGCUGGAGAAUCGUACUCUGUUCGGCAUCCCAUGAUUAUCCCCGGCAAUCAUUCUUUCUCGCGACAGAUGGCAGUCGCUUACCACGUAAUGGCACUUCAUUCUGGUCCCCGCAUGACACUCGCUCAAAUUCGGCAAGAAUUCUGGCCUUUAAAUGGUAGGGUACUGGCAACCUUUACUUUCCGGAACUGCAUUCGCUGCUUCCGAAGCAACCCUGUUCCUAUAUCUCAACCUCCUGGUCAACUUCCUAAGCCACGUACAACUCCCACUCGUGCAUUCGCUUUUACCGGUGUAGACUACUGUGGUCCAGUCUACUUGAAGCCCGUGCACCGUCGCGCUGCUGCUCAAAAGGCUUACAUCGCCGUUUUUGUGUGCUUCAGCACGAAAGCGGUCCAUCUCGAGCUGGUAGGCGAUCUCACAACGGCCGCCUUUCUGGCUGCCCUGCGUCGCUUCGUGUCCCGUAGAGGCCUACCCGCCGAGAUUCACUCGGACAAUGGUCUCAACUUCCAGGGUGCCAGUAACCAUCUUCGAGAGCUGUACGACUUACUGCAUGAUCCGACGGUGGCAGCUAAAAUCACUAGCCAAACCUCCCAGCGAGGCAUUAUUUGGAAAUUUAUCCCGCCACGAGCACCCAAUUUCGGCGGGCUUUGGGAGGCAGCAGUGAAGUCUGCGAAGCUGUCGCUCAUCCGAGUUCUUGGCAAACGACAACUUUCCUUCGAGGACAUGACGACGAUCCUCACUCAGGUCGAGGCGGUAAUGAAUGCUCGACCACUCACUCCGCUGUCGGAAGAUCCCGACGAAUUGGACGUGCUCACUCCUGGGCAUUUCCUGACAGGAACCUCCCUAUUAGCAUUACCUGAUCCGGAUUACACUGAUGUUGCAACGAACCGGCUACAACACUACCAGCAAUUGCAGCAACUAGUACAGCAGCAUUGGAAGCGGUGGAGGCGAGAAUACAUCUCGCAACUUCACAACCAGAAUCAGCGAUUUCCUCAAGCGACAAAGCUAAAGAUCGGACAAAUGGUUGUGCUCAAGGAGGACAACAACGCGGCUAUCGAGUGGCCUCUAGCUCGUAUCAUCGAAGUCUACCCUGGCCCCGACGAUGUAGUCAGAGUAGUGAAACUACGAACACCGAGUGGAGCCGUCUACAAACGUCAGGCUUCACGUGUUUGUCUAUUACCAUUCGAGAAGAUAGCUGCCAACCCACUACUCACUAGUGCAACUCCGGAGCACUAG